AUGAAUCUUGAUUCAUGUAUAACAACUAUUUUAGAUUACAAGAAUUUAUUAGAUAAAAAAGAUGUAGAUGGAUGCACAAAAGUAACUAAUGAUAUAAUUGGCUUCAUUUCUACAGUUCAAUUUUCAGAAACAACAGGUUUCCUUAGAUUUCAAUUCAUUAUCGAAUCUUUAAUAGACCUAUCAAGUAGCAAGUAUGGGCCAUUGACUUUUGAUCAGAUUAUAGGAGCAAUAUACAAAAACGUUUUUGCAUAUCCAAUUUUCUAUAAACUCGACCAAAAUACAUUCCCGCAGACUCAGUACUCCGAAGAAACAUAUAAGAUUUUGAAAUUCUUCGAGUCACAAAAAAAUGCCAAUAAUUCAUGA